CAAAGAUACUUCUACAUUUUCUGGAUGUGCUGUUUUGCUACAAGCAUGGGGAUGGUCAAGACUACCGUCUCUAGCACCGGUCAAUAGCAACCCCUUCACUUUUCCAUAUGCAAAAAAAUGGUCGGCACGCGGUAUGAAUUACAGCAGAUGUCCGAGACACUGUAUUACUCAAUAUCGCAACCUGUUGGAUCACCUUCGACCGACAGACUUCAUUUGGCGUCCAUACCUUAAUAUGGAACAUGAGCAUCAGAUCAACCCUGAAGACGCAGCCGUAUGGACAACAUGCGCACCGAUAAUACGGUUCACAACAGUGGAGCUGCACAACACCGAUCGUGUGAAGCUGCAGUUUGGUAUGGUCCAGAAUAUCCCAGAUCCCCCAGCUAGCCUAGGAGAAUGGCAUAUGCGCAAAGUGAACGACCAAUGGAACUACAACCCUUGGCAAACCUUCGCAAGAUCAGAGUGUCGCAAGUGGAAGCACCGUCAUGACCAUGUCUUAACUGACGCAGUCAUGCCAAAUGAGGUAAAACCAAGUCGUACUUAUAUGGCUUGGUAUAGAUCAGUUGGAUUUCAAUUCAUCGCCGAUGAUAUGUACCUCUACGACCCACGCCAGACAACUUACACACAAGAAGCCUCAACAUCUAACCCCCAGCAACAUUCUCAGCCCGGUUACUCACAACCACCUAUCCAACAAACUUUCCGUUCCACAAACACACAAACAUACAACCAAAACAUGCCAUUCACCCAACCCCAAAACCAAGAACAUCCCCCAUACCACCACCAACAAAUGGACCAUCAACCUUCGACCGAACAUCGCUUCGCACCCACACCAUCACCCUACCAAAGUCGCCUUACCCAAAACACUAACCGCCCCAUCACCUACCGUAGCCAACAACCCCAAACAUCACAAUACCAAAACAUCCCACAACCAUAUCUCUUCCAAACACCCCAACAACCUUUCCAACCUUUCCUAGACCCAUCAUUGUCACCCAUGUCCCCCUUCAACCGUCCUGGUCGCCCAUCCAUGAGUCAACCACACCCCAACUUCUCUGGCAUGGGUCAUGAGCUCAGCUACGCCGGUACACCAUCAUUGAAUACUGAAGACUAUGCUGAGUUGGCUGCAUACCUCAACGGAUCUUCUCCUGUAGGCGGUAAUGACGCUCCUGGACCAUCAGAUGAACAAACACCGGUUCAGAAUCGUCAACGUGGGUUAGGGCCAAGGGUUAGGAUAGCUAGGGGAUGUGGGACCGGAGGUCGGUUAGGUGAUCCCGGUCAUCACCAUUAGGAUUCAUUGUGUAAAAUCCAAAUUUUAUUAAUAUCAAUUCGUAUUAUGUCAAA